AUGGCUGCCGCCGAAUCAAGCGUUCCUGGUUUGACGACAUGGUGGCAUGACAAGUUCUCCGUCAACACCAACAAAGCUACAGCGCCUGAUGAGGUUAGACGCUCACGCAGAUACAAUGUGUUUGUUUCUCCAGCAGGAGAGGACAGGUUUCAGCGCUCAUUUGUUUAUGAGUCGAUCCCUCGCAAUGGAAACGGCAAGAUGUUUGACCCUGCUCAACCUGGCCAGGAGUACAAUCUCACCGAUGGCGAUGGGAUAACUGUUGAAGUCGAUGUGGGGAUCAACAUGGCAUGGUCCCAGUUCCAGUACGGCCGGGAUGUCGAUGUUCGAAUUGUGUCAUCAGAUGGGUCUCCGCUCGGCCCAGCAUCCAACGUGGUCAUUCGACCGGUAGACCUAGACUUGGUUGCCAUCAGCCCCAGCGCGGAUACAAUCGAGAUCCGAAUCCCAUACCGAGACUCCGGCAACCGAUUUUCAGUCGAAUUUCAGAACGAUCUAUAUACCUACCGAUCAGACGGAACUGAAUACGUGUCUGAAGGUGGCAUCGUCGUCAGCGAGGAACCUAGGAAUGCACUCCUCAUCUUCGCCAGUCCCAUCAUACCAGACGAUCUCAUCCCGUCAAAGACGUCGCCAGACACACAGGUGAUAAGUCCUGGUAGCUUAACACAGCAGAGCUUUGGUUCAAAGCCCACGCUAUACUUCGAGGCCGGUAUCUACUGGAUGGAGAAGGAUGGCAUCCUGGGCAAGGACCACAUCAAGCUUCACUCAAACACGCAUUAUGUCUACUUCGAGCCCGGAUCAUACGUCAAGGCUGCGUUUGAAUACACCACCCGCCGCGCGAACUUUUACACCAUUGGCAACGGUGUGGUGUCUGGAGAGAAUUACGCCUACAUGGCAAACACCAUUCAAGACUACGUUGCAGUCAAAGACGACCGAUACAGCCUGCGCAUGUUCUGGCACCAAUCUGUCAUGGACAACCAGACAUGGCACUGCGUAGGGCCGACGCUCAACUCGCCUCCCUUCAACACCAUGGACCUCCACCCCAUGCAUCACACACCGCACGAGGAGGACAACAAGGUCAGCGCCCACAUCCGGGACUACAAGCAGGUCGGGGCCUUCUACUUCCAAACCGACGGCACACAGAUGUAUAAGGGCACCGUCCGUGACGUUUUCUGGCAUGUCAACGAUGAUGCCAUCAAGCUUUACCAUUCUGGCGCUCAGCUCGAUGGACUCACCAUCUGGAAGGCCCGAAACAACGCAGUCAUCCAGAUGGGGUGGAAGCCACGAAGCGUCGACGACGUGUCGGUAAACAAGGUCCGCGUCAUCCACAACCGAUGGAUCCAGCCCAAUGCAUAUGUCCCGUCGGCCAUUCUGGGUGCGUCACCAAUCUACGCUGACCCCAAGGACAUCAACCCUUCCUUCAAGAUGUCGCUACGCAUCAACGAUGUCGUCUGUGAGGGAAUCUGCGCAGCUCUCAUGACGAUAGCACCCCUGCAGAAUUUCGAGCUGGACAUUCAGAACGUGCGAUUCGAGAAGAUGCACAACAAUACUGCUGUAAGGCUUGGUCGUAGUGUUGUAGGUAUGGAUGCCGGGGACGUGAAUAACUAUACUCCCGGCCAGGAGAACCUUACGCUCGGCAUUGCGAUACGGAACUGGACCAUUGGGGGUGAGAGAGUUGACAGGACGAACUGGAGGGAAGAUGAGCUGGGCCAACUUUAUAUUCAUCCCGACUUUUACGGUGAUUGGACCAUUGAGUAA